AUGGGGCGCCUGGAGCUUAAAGGGCACGUGGGCUCCUGCAGCGGAAAGAAGGAAAAUCGCCCCGACAGUAACCCUCCCACUUACCUCACGGACAGCUCGCGGCUGCGGGGUCUUCCAGACACGGGUGCCAAGCCCAGCCCCGUUUCUCACUGGCCGCGGGAGCUUUGCCCGCCUCUCCCGGCCUCGCUCUCGUCCGCAAAACGGGAGUCGGACCUUACAAAGCCUCUCUGUGAGGGUCUGCACCCCGGAGACAGGAAGGGAGGCAUUCGGGACCGAGGCAGCAGCCAGACCAAAGGUGAGCUGGUGAGCCGUGGGAGGCGGACCGCAUCGCACCCGGGGCAGGAGCGGGGACGCCCUCCCACAGGUGGUGUUGGCAGGAGCUCCCGUCCCCCGGGCCCUCACCCUGAGCACGGCCCGGCGCUCAGCCUUCUGCACGAUUUCUUGCCCCUCCUCCUCCCAGGGACCCUGGGCACUCUGUCCGUUCUGCGGGUGCAGAUGAGGUUCAAAGAGACGCAUCCCCUUGCACGAGACCACGCGGCUAGAAAGCCCCAGAGGUGGGAUUCGGCCCCGGGUCCAUGUAAUUACAAAGGGCCCCCUUCGACCUGCGUCGGCUUUGCCGCCACAGGGAACCGUCUGUGCUGGAUAUCCCACGGGUGGCGGGGGAGCCGGGAAGGGUUAGAAGUCAUUGGGUGUGGUGUCGGUUGAGCGUCCGACUUCGGCUCAGGUCAUGAUCUCGCGGCUCGUGGGUUCGAGCCCCGCGUCGGGCUCCGUGCUGACACGUCGGAGCCCGGAGCCUGCUUCUG